AUGAGGAGAGAGGGGGGGGGGGGGGGGGGGGGGGGGGGGGCUGGAGGGGCCCCUUCUCCAGAGGGUCAGAGGUUCCACAGCCGGGGUCUGCAGGAGGUCCACAGGAGCAGACCGGCUGGAGUCCGACUCUCUCUGGAGGGAAGGGGCCAGAUGGAGCACUCCGAGCAUCGUCGCCAUGACAACGACGCCGCUGUCAGGACGCCACAGAGCAGCGGCGGCGAUGGUUAUCAGUUUAGAACACGGAGACAGAAGCCGCCGGCUGCGUCUGAUGAUGUCAUAGCCGACCAAUGA